CAGAGUGUCAUUCAUCAGUCUUAUGGAGUGGCUCAAGUUUCUUAUCGCCAGCCCGCGUAUAACAACCCCAACUACAUCAGCCACAGCCCUUCUCACCAAAUUGCAUACCCGUCAGCGAUGCAGUAUCAAGCAAUAAGCCCGAUGUAUACUAGUCAGCCGACAUACCAGCCUCCUCAGGUGAGGCAGUACCCUAGCUACAAUCAGUACUGUAGCCCAAUCAAGACUUACAUGAAUAAUUCUCCAAAACAUAUCCCAUACGACCAACCGAUGGCUUUUUCCCCGACUCACAGAUUUCAUGGACCGCCAGGAGCCAGUUCUGCAGCAAAAGAUAAGAAUAACUGUGAAGUUCCGUACACAACAUCCUAUACGAACGGAGGACUUCUCCAGCAACCAAUGUAUCACCAACAGCACUCUGCUCAGUAUCAACAGUACAAAGAAGCAAGGGAACAAGUUCUGGCGCAAAACCAACCGCAUCCAACCUAUAGAGGACCACUGAAAACGUAUCAGACUACUGCACCGGUUAUUGUAAAAAGCGGACAACAAAGCGAUAUGAAUAAUUUGCAGAGAAAACAAUACGAAAUGACGUGAUAAAAUGAUCUCCGUAGAGGUUUCAGGCGAUCCGGUA